AUGAACAAAAAAUUUCCAGAUUCAAAACAAGACCAAAAUGCAAAAUUAUUACAGAAGACAGAAAUAAGUAAUGAAGAUAAAUUUAUGCCCGUUUUGCGCUCGGGCAGCUGCGCAAACAUAGGUCAGAGAAAAUACAUGGAAGACGAGCAUAUCUGUGUUGAUAAUCUUUCCGCCUACAAUCUCCGGCGGCCGGCGCCGGCGGCCGCUGCGUUUUACGGCAUUUUUGACGGUCACAGCGGCGGCGAGGCGUCGAAAUACGUGAAGGAAACAAUCCUCGAUUUAAUUCUCGAUGACCCAAAUUUCCCAAACGACGUCGAAACGGCCAUCACGAAUGCUUUUGCGGCAACGGAAAACGGGCUUCGUUCUGCCGGAAUUUUAAAAGCCGGCACAACGGCUUUGAUGGUGUUGGUGUGGGGAAGAACUCUCUUUAUUGCUAAUGCAGGUGAUUGCCGUGCGGUUUUAAGUAGGUCGGGAAAACAUAUCAAUAUGACCACAGAUCACAAGCCUACAAAUAAAGAUGAGAGAUUAAGGAUUGAGUCUCGAGGAGGGGUAAUUUCUAGUGAUGGUUAUAUAAAUGGUGUAAAUUGUCAGUUUGGUGUUUCAAGGGGUUUGGGAGAUUGGGAAUUUAAGUUGGAAAGUGUGGCUUUGAAUCUUUUGAGCCCAAUAAGUGCUGAUCCAGAGUUGAAUACUUAUGAGCUUACACAAGAAGACGAGUUUUUGAUUAUUGCAAGUGAUGGUGUAUGGGAUGUUUUGAAGAGUGAUUUUGCACAAGAAGUUGUGAGGAAACAAUUACGAUUAUGCAAUGACCCUGUCAAGUGUUCCCAAGAGCUUAGCGAGGGUUUUGCAAUGCUCAUAGAUGAGCAACAGGAGCCUGCAGUGGAGAAUCGGGCUGGAAGGGAUAUCGACUCUGUUUCUCUGCAAAUUGAGAACUUCUUUCGCAAUGCAACUCAAAUUAUCACUCUGAGUAACCCACAAAGCGUGCGGCAAUUUUUUGGAGAUAGUAGAAGGUUUGCCGUAGUACCAAGUAAUGAUGGUCUUUCCAGCGAGGAGUAA